UAUUUGCUUGAUAAAUAACAUUUUCUUUUCUUUUUUGACAUGUUUCCACCUGCACCCCGGCUGCCGUCCUCGCGUGGCGGAAAAGGAAGGUGAAAGGGGGGCGAAAGGGCGAAUGGGGGACUGGCGGGGGCAGCGGCCGACGGUGGCAGAGUGCAGACCAGUCCAGAUGGAACCGAGCUCGCCCCAACACCUCCGGAUGGAAUACGAGGUCACACUUCCUCUCCAUCCUCCGCCGACUUGCCGGCAUCCAUUCUGCCACAUGCCCUGGACGAGCACUCCUGCAAGGGAUGGGUUCCAGCAGGUGGCUCAAAUGAUGGAUUCGAUAAUGUUGGACAGUUUCUCUCCGAUAGCUUUCACCAAAGUCACCGCAAGGCCGAGCAGGGCCAGAAGGACAAGGCAGACCUCACCCCCUCAGUCUAGAAACCAAGAAAAUGGAAGAGGUGUAAGAAUGAUAUUUAAAAAUGACAAUUACAAGAAAGGUGUGAAAAACAGAUUCAAUAAUUUUAAAGAGGUCCAGACAAAGGAGGAGCCGGCGAGGACUGGUCACACUUCGCCUAAUUCAAAAGUGACCAACAAAUGGGUGGCCUCCCUCAGGAAAAGGGACCCAGAACUACUACCAGCUAUUAAUAAACCAAGAAUCAGUUCGCAUCAUACAAGCGUACCAAAGACAAAAUCAGAGAGCACGCCAUCGAUAAUGGGAGUGUCCGGCAUGCCUUACAGAAAGGACAGAAGGUCGUCACGAUCCCUGUCAAAAAAGUCAUCGCCCAAUGUGAGUGGAGGCGAAUGUGAAGAGCCAAAAGAGGUGAAAAAAGAAGGCUCGAUGGGCGAGGUGUCUGAAUCGAGCGAAUCCGACACGAAAGACGACAGGGUGUUCCAACCCUUGGGCUACGAGCCACACCUGGUCGAAACAAUCGAGAAAGACAUACUUCAGAAGAAUCCCAACGUUAUCUGGUCACAAGUGGCUGGCCUGGUCGAAGCCAAGAGCGUCCUGCAGGAAGCGAUGGUCCUUCCGCUUCUCCUUCCUGAAUACUUCAAAGGUAUAAGGAGGCCAUGGAAGGGCGUCCUGAUGGUUGGGCCGCCAGGCACGGGAAAGACAAUGCUCGCAAAAGCAGUCGCUACUGAAUGUGGGACGACAUUUUUCAACGUAUCUUCUUCAACGCUCACUUCUAAGUACAGGGGUGAAUCCGAAAAACUCGUCAGACUUCUUUUCGAAAUGGCUAGGUUCUAUGCGCCAAGCACAAUUUUCAUUGAUGAAAUUGACUCGCUCUGUUCGCAAAGAGGGACAGAUUCAGAGCACGAAGCGUCCAGGCGUUUUAAGGCAGAACUUCUUAUUCAAAUGGACGGAAUCAACUCCACAAUGGAUGAUAAGAUAAUAAUGGUUCUGGCCGCGACGAAUCAUCCUUGGGACAUUGACGAGGCCUUCAGGAGAAGGUUUGAAAAAAGGAUAUUCAUACCACUUCCAGAGCAAGACACUAGAGUGGCUCUUCUCGAGCUGUGUCUGAAGAAUUUGGAAUUUGAGCCAGCGGUGAAAUUUGAAAAUAUAUCUCAACAACUGGAUGGUUACACAUGCUCUGACAUUAUAAAUGUUUGCAGAGACGCCGCUAUGAUGAGCAUGAGGCGAAAAAUCAUGGGCAGGUCGCCGGAGGAGAUCAAGAAGCUAAAGAAGAGCGAGGUCGACCUGCCGGUGACCGUCGCCGACUUCAAAGAGGCGAUAGCCAAGUGCAGAAAAUCCGUGAGCACCAAGGAUGUCGAGAGGUACAAAUCAUGGAUCGAGGAGUUCGGCUCCUGCUGAUAUUAGUUUUCGCCGGCUCGCUCUCAGUACAAAUCCGCCCGGUGAGUCGGUCGGUGUUGUAAAAACGCUGGUUGAAAUUUGAUCGUGACCUUUCCAUGGCCUUCUGCUGAUGAAUGCCAUUUCGAGAGUUGACGCUUUUCUUUUUUUUUUUAAACCCUCAUUUCCUUUCCGAUCAUUUAGCGGAAAUCAAAUUUGAGAAAGAUAAAUUAUUAAUAAUUAUUGACUUGUU